GUCCUCUCAGAGCUGGCAGGAACCAAAUGCCAAGGCUUCAUUCUUGUCGUUUUUAGGCAGAAGUACAAAUUCCAGAGCUAGGCAAAGAAGCAAGCUUUGAGGCUGGGGUAGGUCAGGUUGAUGAGGUAAGGAAGACAUCCUUCCACAGGAGAGAGAGCAAGGAGCUAUGCAUCAGUGAAUGCCUUUCAUGUAUCUACCCAAGAAACACUCAGCUCAGGCACAGCCACUAUAUCUGGGCCCCCAUUCCUGGGCCUUCAUGCCCCUGUUCAUCUGAAAUGCUCUUGUCCUUCAACCCACUCUCCUCAGGACAGACUUUAUUGGCAGGCCUGACAUUAUUUUGCUUUUAAAUUGUAUUCCAAAGGCAUGCUGGUAUCUCAGGCACAUUUUAACCUGUGGUGGUAAAGAAAGAAAGGCAGGUGGCUUGUGAGCUGGCAUCUGUCCCACCAUACACAGCUGUUCACCUGGCCCCAGCAAAUCUGCUCUGACCUGUCCUGCCUUCUAUGUUACUUCCAAUCCCAUGAGUAGCUAGCAGUUUAGUACAGCUCUACAUUGCCAUAGGCAGUCAUGCCAUCUUGUGUGCAUUUAUUCUUCCAGUUGCCACUCAGUACAUACCCACUACAAUUACUGUUGUUAGCUUUUAGCAUCUGGAAUAUGCUCAGCCUUUAAAGUCCCAGAUCACUGAUGUGAUGGCAAAAAGUCAGAGGAAACGAAAAAAUGCAGUUAUGAUCUUUAUAGAAACUUUCACCCAAUCAUCACGGCACCCCUGUGAGUUUGUCAUUGUCAUCAGUCUCUCUGCAGAGGGAACAGACUCAGGGAUACCAGCAGGCCUAGCUACCCAAGGUCAUAAGCUGGCCAAAGGACAGGGACAGACUUCAAAUGUUUCCCAGUCUAACUCUAAAGCCUGUGUUUGCUAUUAACAAUACAAAUAAGAAUAUUUUUUAAAACUCCAGCUGGCUCAUAUAUAUGCUGCGAUCCUAGCACUUAGGAGACUGAGGUGGCGCCUGGGCUACAUGAGAUACUACCUGGAAACAUAAGAAACAAACCCUACACACUUAUUCAAACAUGAUGGCUACAUAUUCAAAUGUGAAGGCAAUAAUCUGUAGAAUAAGCAAGAGUGGAGGAGUCGGGGAAUACAAAUUCAAGUGUGGAUUUUAAAGAAGUCAACAUUUACAAGCAUAGGUUUCCUUGGCUAUAAAAGAAAGAUGAUUUCUAAAAUGUGCUUAGUAUCCUGUGAGGUGUUAAUACUUAUGGGGGGAAGGAAGUAGGGUCAAAUAGUUUCUGAAAUGACAGGUUAAAAUAAUACUAAGCUAUUGUCUUUAUUGCAGAACUUCAUAGAGCUCACUGUGAAUCACCAACAGGGCCUGCAAUAUACCCUAUAGCCCAAAUUUGUUUAUCAAAGAGAAACUUUUUAAACCACACCAAGUAUUUAAUAUUUUUUAUCAGGAGAAAAGACUGGAAAAUAAUGGAUUGGUUAUUCUAAGGUAUCUUUUAACUACAACACAGUAAUUUUACACCGUAGCAUCCUAAUUAGUCAGCAACCUUCUGGAGGUUUUUCUAAGAUUUCAGUAAGGUACAGGCAGGUCAAGAUGUUCGGAGAUGCCAGGGUAGUCUGUGAACAACUAUUCCUAUAAUGGCCUCAUUCAUACAAAGGUAUUUCCCCACUUUAAAAGUAUGAGCUGAAGAGAUAGCUCAGCGGUUAAGAGCACUGACUGCUCUUCCAGACAUUCUGAGUUCAAUUCCCAGCAACCACAUGGUGGCUCACAACCAUCUGUAAUGGAAUCUGAUGCCCUCUUCUGGUGUGUCUGAAGACAGCUACAAAUAUGUAAAAAGUAUGAACAACCAAAGGCAUCUGGGCUAGCCUUGUCCUCCAAGACACAUCUCCUAGGCACCAAGGACUACUUGACUAACUUGAGAGGAGUCAAUACAUCCGUCCAUAACCCACCAAGUCCAUGUCUAAGGAAAGGCCAAGUGUUUAGAUCGGGACUGUGCCUUUACAACUUUAUACCUUCUCAAAGUGACAGGGAUAGCUCUCAAGCGGGCCCUCCAGACCCUUUGUAUCACCACAGGCCCCUUCCCCUGGCAGCCAUGAAGAGGUCCUAGCCACAGAGGUCAAGAACUUUCCAGGAGAAUGUAAGAUCUUUUAUCUUGGACAUGGAGAGAGUCAAUCAUACUGGCAAAAAGGGAGUGUGUGCCUGCCAGAAAUGGGGAGGAGAGAGAAGGUGUUGAGAUUAAAACCAAGGGUGUACAAGGCAGAGAAUACACACUGGGACAUAGAGUUCAGUGUCAGUAGCUUUGAAGACUUCCCAUAAAACUCUCUUGUCAAUAAAACAGGCACAUGAUUUUCCUUGAGCUGUUUUUGUAUGUGACUUAAAAUUGCCAGAUCACUCCUGGAAAACACAUUACUCAUCUCUGCAGUGGCACAGUGGAAAAAAGUCAUCACCCCAGAUGUAAAACCCCUUAUAAUCCCUAUCCCCAAUAAACAGGAUGAAGGGCUCUCAGGCAACAACAACAAAAAGCUGUACAUCCACAUAGAAACGGAGGGAUAGUAGCAGUCCUAAAUGGGUCCAGCCAAUCAUCCUCUCUAGACUCCAGCUAUCCUGCUGCUGUGGAUUCUAGAGCCUGCUGUAGGAUCAGGGUGGCUCAGGCUCGGAGCUAAAAGGAGCCAUGAAAGUAUCUAAGGUGAAGGCUUAAGAACAGUUAGUAUCAGGAAAAUUAGUCCUAGAGAGCACCUAGAAGCUCAUAGACCUCUCUGAGAAACCUGCGAUGAGAGGCAAACACAGACUGAGGGCUAGCUGCAAAUCCAGGCACACUAUCCACAGCAUAUACAGAACUCUACAACUCAACAACAAAAAGAUAAAUAUGCAUUUUUUUAAUGAGUAAAGAAUAUACUAUAUAUUUCUAUAUGCAAAAGGACAUGCAAAUGACUAAUAAACACAUAUACACCAUCAUUAGUCAUUAGGUAAAUAUAAGCCAAACACAAUGAUAUGCUAAGAAAUUUUAAAACAUAUGUCCAUACAAAAACUUGUACACAAACAUUUAAGGCAGAAUUAUGUGAAACAGUCCCAAAGUAGAAACAACUCAUCUAUUUGUAGACAAACAAAAUAGCAAACAGCUAUGGCACAGAGUAUUAUUUGCAAGAAAGCACUGAUAUAUACUAUAAUGGGGGGAAAGUGGCAAUAUUGUGCAAAGGAAAAUAAGCCAGGCACAGAAGGCUACACUUCCAUUUACAUGAAAAGUUCAGGACAAACAAAUCCACAAAGAAGUUAACGGAAAGUAACACAGAGAUGAGGUUUCUUCGGGGGAUAAGGAUGAAAAUGUUCAGGAAUUAGACACUAAUUAAGUACACCUAUGUGAGUAGUCUAAUAACGAAUAUGUUUGUGGUAUACUAAGUUAUAUCUCAAUAAGAUGAUGGAAAGCUGGCUCUGUGACUGCUCUUCCAGGGGUCCUGAGUUGAAUUCCCAGUAACCACAUGGUGGCUUACAACCAUGUGUAAUGGGAUCUGAUGCCCUCUCCUGGUGUGUCUGAAGACAGCUACAGUAUAGUCAUAUACAUAAAAUAAGUAAAUAAAUAAUCCUUUAAAGAAACAAGACUGUUUUAUAAGAUAGGCUACAACAGCAGCCCUCCCAGUCCACUGUUCUGCUUCCAUAAAUUUAGCCCUCUAUGUUGUGCCAAGAUAUGAAAAUAUUAAACAUAAAAUUCCAGAAAGAAGCAAUUCGUAGGCUUAAGUUGUACAUUAUUUCAAACAUGACAAACUUGAAUUGUCCUGUUCCAGUUCUUUGAUCAAUAUUUCACAUAGUAUAUAAUAUAUGCUCUUCAGUCACAUGGCAACUACUGUAGCCAACAUGACUGCCCCUAAUGCUACAUCAAAGAGCCAUUUCCUCGGCAAACUCAUCAGGGAAAUAUCAGAUAAUCUCACACUGUAGAUAUGACAGUGAUAUUUUGAGAGAAAGAAAGACUAUAUGCAUAUAUCUUUAUUACAGCAUAUUGUUAGAAUUAUUUUAUUAUUUAUUUUAUCACUGGUGACCUCUUGUCAUUAUCAUGGUUUGUGUGUAGGAGAAGCAUCAUCAUAUAUAAGAUUGAGAACUGUCUGCAGUUCCAGGCAUCCAUUGGUCUUGAAAUCCUAGAUCCUCUGUGGAUAAGGGGAAAUUGCUAUAGUGCCUGGCACACAUUAUCUCCAGUGACCCUCAAAGUCAGGUCAUCCCCCACAUUACACAUGAGGACACUUGAGAAUUAGAGAGGAACAGAUAAUUGUCAAGGGCCACAACAGAGCCUCAUUAUGGACAGACGGACACACAGAUGGAGUGGAUUUAAGCUAGCUUUGCCAACUCCUGAGGCCACAUUCCAUUCACCUUACCAUGCUGCUUCUUGCCAAGAUAAUAAGCUAACCAGCAACUAUGGAAUGGCUCUCUGGAAAAAAAAAAAAAAGAUUACUCCCUAGAUGAAGGGUCACUGAGCAAUAAAAAAUGUGAGUGUUAGAAGUCCCAUUAAAGGCCAUCCUUGCCAAAUUCCUCCACUUUCCAGAUGAAUAAGAGAGUACAAAAGUGACUGGCCCUACCAAAGUGGGAAGAUUGGUAGGUACACCCACCCUCUUGUGUCACCAAAGCAGCUGUAUUGCUCUCUGCAAUUAGUUAAGGACUAAAGGAAGCCAAAGUUCCCUGAUAACCAGACGUUCCGCAGCCUUCAAAUGGGCCAGCCUUGUCUCCAGGCACCCACUAGAAGACCACUCAAAUGUUCCAAAUCAAGCACUAUGUCCCCACAUUCCACAAGUCUGCUCUUCCUGUCAUUUUCCCUUUCUACCAUCACUACCUAGGUUCUCCAAGGGUCCAAGCUGGCUGCCCAGGCUUACCUUUCUCACCUGGCUCCCUUCAACCUCAAUUUCCAGAUAAGUCUGAGGCCCUUUGACACCUAGAUCCUACUUAUUCCAGUUUACCUGUUUACUAUAGGCAGAGCCCUGUAGACUCAAUAAAUGUUCGUUCUACCCAGAAGCCAAUCUUGCCAACAAUCAGACAUGGCCCUGCAAGUCAUAGCCAGAACUAUUUAAACACAGAAGAGAUGGAUGACCUCAUGCAAACAGACGAGAGGAAAGUUAUUAAAGCACAGAUUAAGCCCGGGAGCACAGGGCAGAUGGGGUUGGGGGCCUCCCUCUGUGUGCAUCCUGCUGGGACAAAAAGGCACAUGGAGACACCAGGGCUGCCAACCGCACCUGCAAAUUAUUAAUUAUUUUUGUGUGGUCCCUUUGAACGCUCCAUCUGUGAUGGCUACUCUAGUCAAAUAACUACAUUCAAGUGAGAAAACCUGUAACUGAAGACUUGGUCCAUUCACGGCAGGUUGGAUACCCACUGUCCUAUGACCAUUUGAGGCGAAUUCAGGCUCUACUAUUCAAACCAAAGCCUUUCUACAAACACUAAACAGAGCAUUCUGGAUAUUUGGGGCCUCAGUGCUUUCUCUCUGUGCCUCUCUAAUUGUACUCACUGUAUAUUACUUGGCAUCACUUCAUGCCUUUUGUUGCUUUGUUUAAUCCUGUCUGCAGUGAGUUGAUAAGUUCUUGGAGAAGCCAGAGCGUGUACUUACGUAGAGUGAUGUAAGUACAGCAGAAUGGAGUGUUUGGAGCCCCCCUGGCACACUGCACCCGAUAAGUACUGGCUACUAUCUAUCAGUCACUAUUCUAGCAUGGAUGCCCAGGACCAAAGCUGCUCAAGUUGAAAACAGCUUUUCUUCACCCUCUUCUCCUUUCCAAACCUCUUCUAGAACUAAAACUUCUUUCUGCCCUAUCCAAGACCCAAUGAUUCUGGCUGAGCAUCAUCUCCUUCCAAGCCACCUCCUCUGCUGCCUAGAGUCUAGUCUGCCAGAGGGGGAUGGAGCCAAAGGAGAGCAGGUUCCUCUCUAAUACACAGCAUUUCCACAUGACACACUGGCUGGUCUCAGCGUUCAGAGAAAAUAUAAGACUUGAGAAGCUAUUUGUUUCUCUAUGAAUCAGAAAUGAUAACUAUGUAGAGCUGGAAAAAGAAGCAAUUUUUAAAUUAUACUGGGCACUGAGCCAAAGCCAGUAGUGAUACAAUGACAACAGUCAUUUGUCCAGGAUGGCCAGAACAGUCACAAGGACUCGCUCUUUUUUAGUGUGAAACUGCAUCUAACGAUGCCCAGUUGGGGUUCCAUUUUAGAUUCUGAAAUAUCCCACAUGCAGCUGAUGCAGCAGCUUCUUGAGAUUAUGGGGUGGUGCUAGGGAGGGGGUGAAGGUACACAGCAAAGAGAAAGGCAGACCUAGCCAGGGCUGAGCUUCAGCUCAGCAAAUCUAAUAGCAGAGACGCCAUGGGAACCUCUCUACUUCCUGAAAAGUAGUCUAGCUAGAGACCCCACCUUUCUAACCCUGGCACCAGAGUUAAAGCCCAACAGGGACUGGCACACAAAACCUGAAAAGAAACCUACACCACACUCUUGCUGCCUCACUUCUUCUGUCUGCCACUUUAUUUCAUAUUCCUAUGAAGUACUAAGCUGCAUAAGACAACUUGGACUUGGAGAAGAAAUAGCAAAGCCCUGCUGAGCAUUGUUUUAGUAAAACACUGAGAAAAUUUGCUUGUGUUGUUUCUUUUCCCUCCCACCAUCUCCUGCACUUGAGGGCAAUUCCAUACACAUGCCAGGCAUGGCUAAGCCUAGGUGACCUUCCCAGGAGCCCCAUAAAGGAUUCAGGAACCCUGGGAGUUCUCCUUGGCCUUAUGCCAGUGCCAUUCUUAUGUUCUAGAUCUGCAACACCUAAGAUAGUAGCCAUUAGCCACCAGUGGCUAUUCUUAAGUUAAAUAAAACACAAACGUCCCUUGGCCUCAGAAGUCACAUUAUUCUAAGCACUCUGAUGGUAGGUAUGAGAAAAUAUAGAAACCAGACUUCUAUCCCUGCAGAAAGCUCUUUUAGAUUAGUUAGUAUUCCAGAUGGUAGCAUUUAAACUAUAGGUGGCCAAUUUAAAAACAAAAGAAAACUAGCCAGGUCUGGUAGCAAACAUCUGUAAUCCUAGAGGCUGAGGCAGGGAGAAGAGAUCUCAAGUUCAAAGCCAGUCAAAGCUACAAAGCCUGUCUAUGCUUUAAAAAUUCAUUCAUUUAUUCACUUAAAACCCUCUGCUCCUUGUGGUCUUGAACAAACUGUAUUUCCAUCUCUAACAAACAAUACUGAUUUCUACAAUGAGGUAAAAGGUCACCUCAAAGCCACAUCCUCACAGAACAAGCAUUGGUAUGCUUCAGAAGUUGUUCUGUUAGUUUCUCCUUCCUGAACUCUCAGCCUUGUAUCCAGACUCCCAUGCUGCAAGGGGAGCUUUAAUUAGGGCACAUGAGGGGCUCUCUUUCCUCUUCUGGAGUUUACGAAUUACUAUUUCUCCAGGGAUCUGGUAUUAGUCUGCAAAGGCUGCAGCAAACAGUACUAAGAACUGGGUGACUUAAGCAAGUUUACUGCCUCACAGAUGUAGAGGCUAAAAGUUCAAGAUCAAGGUGCUGGCAAGCUUGUUCCUUCUGAGGCUGGGGGAGGGGAGGGACUGAGCUAGGCCUCUCUCCCACUGUCUGGUGGUUGAUGACAAUAUUUGGUGCUCAUUGGUGAAUAGGUUUAUUACCCCAAUCUCUGCCUUCAUGUUCGUGUAACAUUUUCCCUGUGGGUGUGUCUGUGCCCAAAUUUCUCCCUUUAUGAGGACACCAGUCAUAUUGGAUUAGGGGCCUACCCUGCUUCAGUGUGACCUCAUCUUAACAUAAUUGCAUCUGCAACAACCAUAUUUCCAAAUAAGGUCACAAUCUGAAGUGCAGGGAGUCAGGACUUUAGCAUAUGAACUGGGGGAUGGGGUGCAAUUUGCCCCAUAAUAGGCCCUCAAAGCCUAAAAGAAAAAGCAAUCCUCCUGGCAUACCAUCUGCCUUCCAUUAUUCUAUUAAUAUGAAAAGAACUGUACGAAAUUAUUGGCUACUCAGCUUUGCAGGAGCAGGUGGUGACCCCAGGCAGAAGCUUAUGCCACAUAAGGCUAUUUCCAUUAUACAUCAAGCAAACUCAAGCCUAUUACAGUAGUUUUAACAAGAUCCAAAAACCAAAACUAAAGCCUGGACUUGGACAAAAGUGAAAGAAAAACCAUCCCUUAUCAAUAGUCACAGUGCUGGUGUAUCCCUCUACAUUUGCCUCCUGGAGCCCCCUCAUGGGACAGGGAUCGUCUCUAAGCAGGUAAAUGAAACACAAGUGGGAGCCAUCUUCCCCUGAGGCACAGGGAGGCAUUUGUCACAGUGCUCAUGUAAAGCACUUGCCUGAGCUCAGCCAACAAGGUCAUAAGAGAUAGAAACUCGCCACCAGUACAGUGAGCACCAGGUGUUAUUUAUGCAGUGAGCUUCCAAUAAGGACACAAGGAAAGAACUGGGAUGGUUUAGUUUUCCUCUGCUGUGGGAACACUGACCAUCGUGCUGACUGUCUGAAUCAACUGAAAAGAGCUAAAGAAAGGCUUGCUUUUCUUGAUGUCUUGUGUAUCUUCUCUGAUGGCUCUUGUGUAUCUUCUCUGUCAGAGCUGCUCUAGUGCAUGGCACACUUAUUGAGUCAUAAGGGAUAAGAGAAUGGUGGUGGCAGGUAACAGGGAAGACCAAUGAGAGUUAGGUAGUAGAAAGACUAGUUUCAAUCCUCUUUCACACUUAUAGGAAGAAAGAUGUUGGACAAACAUCAUAUUGUCCAAUGUUUUGAAUGAGGAAAUAGGCUGAGAGCCUAGUACCAAGUCUCUGAGUGCAAAGCCAAAUCCUAGCCAUUUCCGGACAUUCUCAAAGGAGAUCAGCAGAGGAAUGGUGCCUGGGCACAGCAGCAAGGCUAGAAAUGCCUCUUCCCACUGACCCCAUCCCUCCCUCCUUUGUUUAUGCUGCACUACACUGGUUCACACUGUGCUAGUACUGGUCAUUCCCCAACCCCUUACAAGGACAGAUCAUCAGAACUCAUUAUUAGAUUAAGUAAGUACUUAAUCACAAUCACUGUCUCCUCUGACAUUUGCUGAAGCCCUCUUCCAUGCCUCUUUCGAGUAAGAUUGACAUCAGCUUGAAGCACUGCUAUCCCCUGACUCAGCUGCCUUUGGCUUCCUGUUUGUUCCCAUCCUUGCUCACCCUCUGCUCAACCCAACAGUCUGGCUUUUGACUUCUAUACUCCUUUAAAUACCUGGCCUGUAUAGAGAUGACAACGAGGCAUCUUAGUUAUGGCUCCAUGGCUUUAACAGUUAGACUUCGUCCCCAGGAGUGGUUAAAGAUAGACAUUAGCACAGUUUUCCACCCAAUUAUCCUAUUUACAAAAAUAGAACUCUCCUCUGUGAGUGUUUCAAAUAGAGGCCUUAAUUCCUACAGAUGUCAACCUUAGCAGGUCGAUUCCUAAACUACAUCAGUGAGCUGGCAAGAAGCAUGGUGAGCGAUGGAACAUCACUUCAAAUCAUCUCUCAAAUCAUCUCUCAAAUCAUCGCUUCAGAUACAUUCUCAUGUAGUAUUAGAAAUCAAUACACCUGUGCAGAGACAUCUAUUCUCUAGUUCUAGUGAGAACUGUGUGACAGACAGGAGGCAGGUGUGAAGAGUAAGUGGGCCUAGUGCAUGGCCCACCACCAGCACAGCACCAAGGUUAAGCAUUCAGAUUUCCUGUGAGUUCCAAGUUCCAGAAUAUGAAAUUUGCUGAGGUACAUUUUGAUAUUAUAUCUUGAAUUUUCAAUAAAAACUCUACAAAAGAGAGACAUUCUGGUUUUUUAUUUGCUAGGGGGACAACAUUAUUCAAUGUUGCGCUUACUGCUUCCCAGAUUAAGGUUCUCAUACAAAAUACACUCAACACAAGCUAAAGGAAGCCUUGCUUUUCUUUCUUUCUUUUUAAAAAAAAAUAUAGGAUUUAUUUUUUUAUUUCAUGUGUAUGUCUUUUGUCUGUAUUCAUGUCUGUGCACCCCGUGCAUGCAGUGCCCUCGGAGGCCGGAAGAGGGUGCUAAAUCCCCUACAGCUGGAGUUAAAGAAGGCUGUGACCUGCCAUGUGGGUGCUGGGAAUUAAAGUUGGGUCCUCUGGAACAACCAGUGCUUUUAAUUGCUGAGCUAUCUCUCCAGCCCCUUGCUUUUCUUGAGAGGCUGAUAUGUCUUCAAUAAAAGUAGAACUUACAGCAUUUACCACACCAGCUUUUUAUCUCUACUGCCACGAGACUCCAGAUCAGUGAGAAGCUCAGCUAAGCAUCUCUACAGUCUGCUUGUCUGAGAUUCCUGUCCCUCGUAUCUUUAAACUACUAUAAUUGUUUGUAUUUAUUACGAUCAUUUUCCUAAAUUCUUUUACUGUGCUGUGUAUAACAGCACAUGGAGACACGCUGCAAAACAAGUCAAAACUUACAGAAAAAAAAGUAUGGUAUAAUUAAUUGACUAGAACUCAAUUAAAAUAAUCACCAUAGUAAAUAAGGCCAAAUUUAGAAAAUACAUUCCAUAGCCAGAGAAACUAUUUAAAAAUUAACAUGUUGAAGCAGAUGCUCCAAGUUGCUUAUCUGACAGUCAUCCCCUCUUUCUCACCUGACAAAACCCGACCUGAUCCUGACUGCAGAGCCAGUCCUGGUUAGCCUAAGCAAAUCAUUCUGUGUUUGUGGAUAACUGAUCCAGGCAUCUGCCACAAAACUGUACACUUUGAGAGGUACGAAGGAGGAGCAUCAGGGGCUGGAGAAGGCAGACCUGGCCGGAGCCUUAGCUCCUCAGAAGGCUCCCGGGAUGCUUUUCUCCAGGGGCUACCCAGAACACGGCGGCGAGCCUAACAAGUUCAUCUCUAAUAAAUACUACAUGCAAAAGGCUCUCACUUUUCUAUAAAGGAAUUCAAAAGGAAGGAAGAAAGGGAAGGAGAUAGGGAGGGAAGAAGGAAAGAAAGCAGGCAGCCCCAUUUCAGAGUAUACUCCAUAUCCCCUCAGCAUUAGAAAAAAAUCUUCUUAUCUGUAACUCUAAUUGCUCACAAGCCACCAACAUUUUGCCUUAUCUAACUGGCUUUCUUCUUUGUUUGAGACAAGUUCUGGCUAUAUAGCUCCUGCUAGCCUGGAACUCACUGUGUAGACUGGGUGGCCUCAGACUCACAGAGAUCCACCUAUUUAGCUUGCUUCAGCUUCCUGGGCGAGGAUUAGAAGCAUGUAUCACAAGGCUUGGCAGCCUUCUUAAAGAGACACACUAGACACACACGCACACAACACAUGUACACAUGUUGCCUAAGGCUCAACAUCAACUGAACUCCAACUGCCUACUGCAUCUCCCUGCUGCCCCUGCACCACCCCUUAAGUGUGCCCUCCUCUUGCUACCUAGAGAACACUGACAUAGACAUCAAAAAAAAAAAAAUCAAAGAUGCAAUAUAGCACAGAACCACUCUUCAAACCCUGACAAAUAAAAUAAUCCACUUUUAAUAUUCUAGUCUCCUCCACCUCUAUCUACCUCAUGCCUGCUCAUUACUUGAGUUGUCCACAUGUAACUUUCCCACCCAGCUCUCUCCCUUCUGUACCAAGUCAUGACCACAUCCCUUCUAAGGAACUGAAAGCCAUGAAGCCCAUUCAGUGGGUUUGAGCCUAUUGCAUCUCCUGCUUGCUCCCUCCGACUUUUCUUUUUGAGGGCAGAAUUCCCCACUGUCGGCUUCUGGGCAGCACAUCCUGCUGCUCUGCCUACUUUAUCAGAUGCACGGAAGGCAAAGCAAUACACUCUGCUGAAGCGCCUGUCCUGCUGCAAAGCCAGGGACUGUCCUUCACCAACAUUUCCAGCUUCAUUCCUAAAUUUCCCACACUCAUCCAAUGAACUGCUAUCAGCUGGAGCUAUACACAUCAGAGCUCAUCUCAUAGUGGACUCAGAUGACAAGUGGGACAGAAACAAGUGUAUUAUUUUAUUGCACAAUAUGUCCUUAUUACCAUGAAACCAACUCCAAGGGCAGGUCCCACCAUAGGGUCAGUCUCUCAGCAAGGGCACAGGUGUGUAUCUGUCCAAGAAUCUUCUGUGACUCUUUAAAGUUACUCAGGAAGGCACUGUGAGUUCACUAGUUUGUUCUCGGCUGAACAACUACCAUGGGAAUUCACAUACAGUGUGCCUCAAUGCACUGGCUCCAGAAAGGAAAGUAGCAGAGGCGAGCUUCCUCUGUGGAGCAGAGGGCAGCAGAGGUACCAGAGUGCCCUUGAAAAAGACUGGUAAAGCUGAACGACCAGUAACUAAAAAGCCAGCUUCCCAGGGAGCUCAAUGGAAGUGGCUGGCCAGGUAGCCAUACUAGAAUCAGGGAAGACAGUAAGUAAUCACUAGAGACUUCCUACAGGCCAUGGUGUUCACUGAGAGCAGCACUAACUCUAAGGAUGAACACCAGCAUGGCACAUGCCCACAGCAUAAAUGCCAGAGGAGGGAGAAACAGUAAUGAUACCAAUAUCAUGAGGGACAGAGAAAACCCUCUCCUGGGACCAUACACAAAGAAUAUAUUUCAACACAACAUGUAAGUUUUUCCAACAAGAUAGAUAAGGGUUUAUGUAUCAUCAUAGCCCAUUUGCUUAGAGACAGGCAGACGGACAGACAGUCGGAUGGAUGGAGCAAAGAGAAAGGGGCAGGAAAUGAAGUAUGUUGGACAUGUGAAAAAAAUCCAAAAGUGAAGCAUCUGGAGACCUGCUGACUCUCAAAUCUUGUUAAAUGGCUGCAGUGUGAGGAACCGGGUAUUUCUGCACAGGAGUAACAUGUACACUACCCCACAGGCGCUGGGCCACACACCCUAAUCCAAUACAGCACACAUAGUUUUUUUAAAAAUUAAAGUGCACCUGUCCCUUUAACUAUGCCAACUGUGAGAUGGGGAAGGCGCCAGUGGAAAGGCAUUUAAAGCAGAUUGCCCCAUUUAGGGAGAUAUGAUUCUUGGAAACGAAGACUGGCAUUUUUCCUAGACUAAAGGUUACACAGAAUAACCAAAGAGAAAGAGGGCAACAGCCUCACCUGUUAGGCUUCCACCUGACUUCAAAGGCAGGAGCCACACAGGAGCCAGACGUGGAAACAGAGGCCAGGGGAAAGCUCAAGGCCCCAGGCUGCUCUCUGCAGUAAUUCAGGAUAGUCCUGGUUACCUCAAAUCUCUGUUUGCCUUUAAAAAGAGGACUGGGGAAGCAUACUGUGAAGCAGUCAGGUCUGAAGGCAAAGAAAAAGGGAGAGCCUGUCCUUCAAGCCCUUGACCCUUAAUUGCAGAACCAUUUGAGGAAUGCUAAUUAUUUUAUCUAAAUCUCCUAUGAUAGAAGGUGCACAAACAAUAGAUGGCCUGCAAAUAUUAUCUAGUUUAGUAUCAGGGAAAUAGACAACUCAAAACCUUUCGUGUCAGUGGAGAGCACAACUGAGUAUGUCCAGACCAUUUUGAAUACAGCAAGGGAAGAGCUAAAACUACACACUUCAGACAUAUCAUCUCACAACACGACUAAAACUAUUAAGAAAAAGAGGAAGAGAUCUUUGUAUACAGCAAGAAAACCAGUUCCAUCAAAAACAAGUCAGGUCAGAAUGUACACAUAUGUGCAGGCAUGUUCAAUCACAUAGCACACAUGCUAAUAAAAUCUAGAGCUGCUUAGCUAUUCCUGGGUUAUGUAAAGGGCUGUGGCUUUAGUUCACUAGUAGAUAAUUUAUCUAUUAUACAAAGCCCAAGGGGUUUGACUUCCAGCAUUGAAGAAACUAACAAACAAGGAACUUAAAUUUUCUAAAAAUUAGCCAGUUGUGGAACUGCACACCUACACCUGACAGGCUGAAUAGAGGAAUCUCAUGUUUGAGGUCAUUCCACAUCACAUAGCAAGACUAUGUUCAAUGUAUAUGUAUAUAUGUCAGGGGUGUGGGCAAAUCCUCUCUUCUGCAUAUCAGCCCACAGGUAGAUUUCCUGGGGAAGAAGGCAAAGGUGUGAAGGGAGACAAUGAUGGAAUUCCAAAACCAGAGAGGUCCAAACACUCUCACUGCCCUGGAUAGGAAAUAUGGGUGACUUGAAGUCAUGUGGAAGUCUGAUUCUUUGACUAGAAAUGGAUGAUGCACGUAAGUGAUACAAUCAACGCACAGAUGUCCCUGACUAUGCAAGAACAGUUGGCCUUGGAGACUUCUCUGUCAGACAGGUGCUCCCAGCACUGGGGAUGUAUAGCCUGAUACUUUGAACCCACUUCUUUGCUAUUAUUUCCUGUAGAAAGCUUCUGAAAAGGGGGUUCUUGCUUGUAAAAAGGCCUAACUAGAAAGAACUAUUCUCUCUUUCCUAUGGGCAUCACUGGGUUUAGAUGUAACACCUGAAAUGGCAGCAGCCAUUUCUGAACACAUCUUGGAAAGAGUGCUGGUGUUUUGUUUUGUUUUGUUUUUUAAAGAUUUAUUAUAUGUAAGCACAUUGUAGCUAUCUUCAGACACCCUAAAAGAGGGCAUCAGAUCUCAUUACAGAUAAUUUUGAGUCACCAUGUGGUUACUGGGAUUUGAACUCAGGACCUUCAGAAGAACAGUCAGUGCUUUUAACUGCUGAGCCAUCUCUCCAGCUCACGUUUUGUUUUUUAUAGAAAUGUUUAUUAUUAUGGCCAGAUGUGGUGGUGCAUGCUUUUAAACCAGCACUAAGGAGGCAGAGGCAAAAAGAACCCUGAGUUUUGAGGGUAGUCUGGUCUAUCUAGUGAGUUCCAGGUCAGCCAGGGUUACAUAGUACUAGUGAGACAUCUCAAAUCAUUAUCAUCAUCAUCAUCAUCAUCAUCAUCAUUAUUAUUAUUAGUGCUUGUGUAUGUGAUAUGUAUAGGGACAAAUGAGUGCCACAGUGUGGACAUCAGAAGACAAUUCUGUGGAGUUGGUUCCCUCCUUCAUGUGAGUUCCAAGGACUGUACUCCGGUCAUGGGUUUGCAAGUGCUUUUGUGUACUGAACCACCUCAGCAGCCUAUUAUAACCAACCAUAGAAUCGACCUCCUCAGACCUUGCUAGCAGUGAGACAGUGAGCUUUCCUUUAUGUUAACACUCAUAAUUUGAUUUAUGUCCCUUAAAGAUAAAGGCACCCCAACCAAUAAUCUAAUAAACAAUACAUAUAACCCAAAGCAGAGCGACAGCUUUCUCCCACCCCACUGAGCUCUAAGCAGAUGUGCCUAACCAACAAGGGAACCAUGAUUGUUUCUAUUUCCUAUCCGCCUUGCAGUGGACACUGCACAGUCCUAUGAGGCCAUUUCCCAAGAAUCUGUAAAGGUCACCUGGUCCACCAGCCACUGUAUGCAUCCAAUGGUGCUCACUCACUCAUCUUGAACACAUCCAGGACCAAACAGAGCUUGUCCUCAGUGCUGCUGCUAAGAGAUUCCAGCAUGCAGCCCCAAUUCCAGUCUGAUGAGAUCUGCUUCCUAUGCCUUUCAAACCCUUGGUUCAAGUAGACCCACAGCUAAUUGUUCUUAUCUAUCUGACUUUCAAAUAUUACUCCUGUCCUUGUUCCUUUCAGACAAGUAUUUUCUUACAGUAAAUGCGUGAACCAUAUUUCACUUUUGCCAUCUCUCAGGCCAGGAUUUUGGAGAAUUCAGUUUGUCUCACUUAACCAAUGAAUGAUCAAUUAGUUAAUCUCUUCCUCCUUUCCUCUGUUUUUUCCGUUCCUCCCUCUUUCCCUCCAAUAAAAACAUGCCUAAUAUGUAAUAAUCUCUAAAUCUUUGGACCAUAUCCAAAAGUCUAUGCCAACCGUUCAACACAAAGAAUCUGACCUAAUUAAAACAUCAUCUUCAAAAUAUUUAUAUUUUUAAAAAGUAUUGUUUUUCUGACAUUUAAUCAUUUCCCUUUCUUUACAAACUAUAUGUAUUUUAGCUAUGAUGUCUUAAAGAUGUGCAUGGAAGAUAAAUGGAAUUACAAUAUGCCCCCUGCCUACCAUGUGUAUCAGAUAAUGCUCUCUCAUAUGUUCUUUAAUUUUUAUUUCUAUUUUCAUGUAUAUGAGUAUUUUGCUUAUACAUGUGCAUGCAAGCCAGAAGAGAACAACAAAUCCCCUGGGUUUGAAGUUACAGGUGGUUGUGAGCUACCACAGGGGUGCAGGGACCCGAACCCAGGUCCUCUGCAAGAACAGCCAGUGCUGGCCUGCAACUCAGAGAUCCACCUGCCUGUGCCUCCCAAGUACUAGGGUUAAAGAUGUGUGCCACCACUAUCCAGCUUUACAACUGAGUCUUAAUUGGCAUCACUUUUUUCUGUAAACACCUUACAAAAUAAAUUUAGAAAAAGGUUUUAAAACACAGUUCUUGGUAAGCUCAGGACUUCUUAAACACACAUAAGCUGAUCAAGCUCUUCAACAACCCCAUUCCAAUCCCCAGAACAAUACUUUUCCCCAAUUUCUCUCUUUUGUUUUUUUUUUUUUAAUUUGCUAGCAACUUGUUCAGUAGACAUAGUCUAGUGGUAAAACCUAUGCUCCUGAAAAGAUAAUGAGACUCUUAGACAUAUGUGCCAGCAGCUCACAGUCAUUUGUUUUAAUGUAAGAAAAAGUAAUGUUGAUUAUCACAAACCAUACAUCAUACAAAAUUACUUUUGCCAGGCUGUUGGAUAUAACACAUGACUUUCCCAGAGGAGAAAAACAACCCUCCCUCUAAUUAUGUUUUGCCUGGGGAAAAACAGAAAUUAAUUUAUAUGUACUAAAACAGAUUUUAACUUUAAAAAGUUGAGGUGGCCUAGAAACAUAACAGAUCCAGUCACUGACUCAAUAAGCAUUUAUUAAAUACCAAAUAUUUACCAGGCAUUGUGUCAGCAUUGUGGUUUUAGAAUUGAAAGCCUGUUCUCUGCUCUCAUGAAAUCUCACCAAUGUGAACUACAAGUGAGGACUAAUAAAUAUACAGAGGAGCCAGGGGGAAACUCAGCUACUCACAAUGAGAUAUCAUUACACACAAGAAUAGCUAGCAUAAAAUGCAAACACAUGCUACAACAUGGGUGAUGCCCAAGAACAUUAUGCUAAGUGAAAAGAGCCAGCUGCAAGAGACCACACAUUUUAUGAUUCCAUUUAUAAGAAAUGUCCAGAAUACCAAGCAGAAUAAUGUUUUCUAGGAGGAGAAGGGGGUGAGAAUGGAGAAGGACUGUUAAUGAGUACAGGGUUCCUUCUGGGAAUGAGGAAAAUGUAAAAACUCAAAGUAGUUAAGAUACAAUAUUCUGUGCAUAGACUAAAAUUCAUUUAACUACAUAGUUACAAAAGUGACUUGUGUGAAUCUCAAUAAAGCUGUCAAAAACACAGUUAGAAAUCAACAGUCUAGUUAUUCAAGUAACCAGUUAGAAUAUAAAACCUCAUUAUUUGCAAGAAGUAGAUUGAAAGUUACAUAGCCUAUAAAAAUAAAACUUUCAAAGUUACUAAAGUACACAAGAAAGAACACACAGGGGAAAUGGCAUUAGCUAGGAAGACUGCACUUUAGAAACACUGCUCCCUCCUAAGUACUUUAUGAAUUUAAUGUGAUCCCAAUGGAAAGGUUAACAGACAGGCUUAUUUUUUUCCUGGAAUCAAGUUACGUUGAUUCUAAAGUUUUAAUGGAAAACAACCACGGAGAAUAGCCAGUAAUACUCUGAAGAGGAAACACCGUGAGAGAGAACUAGUCUUCUCAGAUGUUAAAAGCCUCAGGUUUCAAUAAUCACCAACGGGGGAAACACACAGAGUUCAAAUGCAAAACCCACCACAAACUUACAGAAUGCUGUGACAUUAUGAUAACAUGGCAAAAACAGAAACCUUCAGCAAUGGAGUUGGGACAACUGAGUACUGGGAAAAUGUAAAGCUACAUUCAAACCUCAGGACACAUACUAUCCUAGUUUAAAAACCAAGUGAACCAACAUAUAAACGGAAAAAAUUAGAUUUCAAUAAUAUCCAAAAGGAAAUUAAAACAAGACACAAAAAAGGUCUAAUACUGAAUCAAAAUACCAAAGCUAAUUUUAAGGAGAUAUAUUUUAUUACAUUAAAGAGAUGGGCUAAACAUCAUGACUAACUAGAAAAGGAUUUUUUACAACUCACUUCAAAUACAGUGUAUAAAGAACUAUUAGGAAUAAGGAAGAAAAGAUAAACAAAAUAUUGAGAAAAUGUGUGAAGUUCAGAAUACAGUUUACAUAAAACAAAUAUAAAAUGCUAGUUAAAUAUAUGAAAACAUAAUCUUAUUUAUUUAUGAUAAAAGAAAUAAUUAUAAAACUAAAUUGAAAUGUUAAGUGUCACUACCAACAAAGCUCCAAAAGUUUAACCUCAGAUAGCAUGGGUGACAUCUCAGGAAAAUAAGUAUCUCAAUGUAUUGCUGUGAAUGUGGAGUGUGGUACAACCACAGCCUUGCCAAUUGUGGGUCUGGUGCAUUCCAGUCAACCUGAACCUAACAAAACCUUAGGCAUAGGAAACUAGAGACUAAAGAAAUACGCUCAUCCUCUCUACAGAAACCUCAGCCGACUCACGUGGCAGGUUUAAGAGUCUAUCCAGCAACUGCACAGGGCUAACGGACUACAAGGAAGUUCACAACUAGGUAGGUACAGGACAGCAGCCUGCAGUGAAUGCUGACUUCAGUGUAUCAGAUUCAAAAGACAUUUCAAUUAUGGAAAUACAGUAUGAACAAAUUAUUAAAUAAGCUUUGCUGAAAUAUAAAAUUAGCAAGAAAAAAGAUUAUAAAAUGACUAACAUUAUGUCAUUUAAAUUUUUUCAUAUUCCUAUUUAUAGAGAAAGACCUGAAAAGUCUGGCUAUGGUAAUAUCUAAUAAGAGUGAUAUUUUAAAAGCAUGAGGAAACCUGUAGCAGCAGCAGGAACAUGCGUUGUACACCUAUUGCUUAUUUCUAAUGUUCUAUACUGCAGUGUUUCAAAGGCGUUAAAUAAAGCUUCAAGAUUCCCAUUAACCUAUAAAAGCCCAUCUGAAAUAUUAUCUUCCUGGUAGCAUGCAGGAUUCUUGGAAUAACAGAAUAAUCUCCACAUUGGAGCACCAUUGCUUAGAUCAUUCUCUGGCAAAUCAAAGAUUUUUUUUUUCCUAGAUGGUAGGAUUUCAAUAAAAAUAAAGCACCUACCAGUUGAGGUCUAAGAGGGAUAAAAGUGGAGCAGAGUGGAUUUUCACAGGGCCAGCUGAAAUGCCUCCACAAGCAAUAAUACUUCACUUCCACCUCCCCACCUGAAAACCUCACCAAUGAAGUCCAAAAGGCUCAGGGGAAAUGGAAACUAACAAACUUCCCAUAGCACUCCUGUCUAGGAGAGAGCUGACUUACCAAGACAGGCCUGAUGACAGAGCAUCUGCCUCAGAAUUGCCCUCUGACAAUAAAGGCACAACUUCACAACCAUGGACACCGUAAUUUUUGUUUGGAAUCAGCACUGCAUUUUUCUACUGCAGCAACAUAUAAAAUGUGUGUGAACACACCUUAUAGUGUGAUUGUCUACUGACUUAGCAUCUCUGUAGUGCAUAACUAUAAUAUGGUGGACACCACAGAGACUGUCACAACACACUCCUCUCCUAUUGGAGUCUGCAGCCUCAUGGAAGAAGAAAGUGGAAAACAAGGUCACCCAAACCAAUGAUACCUGAAAAGGUUACAUUAUGAAUGAAAAACAAAUGAACAAAAAACAAAACAGGGUGUUCUGAUGUUGGAAAUCAGCAUGUGAUUGACAGUGAGGGCUAGGGAAUGUCAGGGGCAGGGAGUAACAUUUGGACUCUGACUGAAGAGUGAGUAGGAGCUUGCCAGGUACUCCAUGCAGAGAGACUGUACAUAAUGGCAUGGAGCAGCAAACCCCGAAACAGGACAGCCACAGAACUGAAAGAGUCAAAAUAAUGGCAUCAAAGGAGACUGGAGAAAUAAGCAGGGAGCGCUGUGACCUCUGCUAUUCUACAGAACUGUACUGAAAGUGGAUGGGAAGCACUUGCAUAUCUGAAGUGGCAGAGUGACAGAUCUAACAUUCACUUAAUAUCAUUGUGGUACAUUGGGACAUGCUGGAGAGACUCAAGAUUGAGCAUGAGAGAUGGCGUGGUGGCACAUGCCUUUAAUCCCAGCACUUGGGAGACAGGGCAGGCAGAUACUUGUGAGUUCGAGGCCAACCUGGUCUACAUCACAAGACUGUUGAAAUGGACUAUGUUGAAAUACUUGUCUCAAAAUAAACAAAACAAACUUUAAAAGAAAAGGGGGAGAAGGAAGAGGAGGAAGAGGAGAAGGAGGAGGAAGAGGAAGAGGAGGAAGAAGAGAAGGAGAGCCAUGAGUAGCCAAUUUAGGAAGCUAGAUCAUGCGGCUGGGAGACAACUGUAAAAGGCUAGAGGCACAAUCACGAGGACCUGAGUUCAUCCCAGCAUCCAAAAUGGGUGCAGUAAUGCAUACCCAUGAUGACCCCUCUGCUGGGGAAGCUGAAAUAGGCAGGUUCUAGGAAUUACUGGCUAGCCAGUCCAGCCAAAUCAGUGAGUUCUGUGAAAGACUGUCUCAAGAAAACAGAACGAUUACACAGACACCUGACAUCAACCUCUAACAUUCACCACAGGCACAUGCAUGCAUGUACACACACACACACACACACACACACACACACACACACCAAAUCAGUCAAAAUAACAGAGUAUUUAAUAACAGAGUAGGUUAAUGGUGCCCAAUUCAGCUCAAAGUAUACUUUUGCAAAUAAAAUAUAGCCCACCUUUCUGUUGCUUCCACAUGGCAACUACAGUACGCGCAGUGUUGCCCAAAGUCCAAGAGAUAUAUUAUCUGGACCUUUAUUGAGAAAGUUUGCCAGUCCCAGGGUAGGUAUGACAGUAGGAACAAUUGGGUUCACAAGUCACAGUCCACCUUCCUUACUCAGGAUUCUGUGCUGUAAAUUCAUCUGUUCACUAAAACUGGUUUGCAAUUCCAAAAUCAAUACUCAGGGCACUUUCUCUCAUUCCUAUGCAAUAGCAGAAUAGCUGGGAGGCCAUGCUGCCCUCAUGUGUGCCUAGCUGAAACCCAGCAAAGUGAUGCUCUGACUUCUUAUUUCAGCUCUUACAUAGGGAACAACUGCCCUAUAUACCAUAUAUGGUACUUUUUUUUUUUUUUUGGUCUUUUUGUGGUUUUUUUUAUUUGUUGAUUUUGCUGUUUAAAAAUGCUAAAGAUUUUUGUUUUUGUUUUUGUUUUUGUUUUUUGGGGUUUUUUUUUUUUUUUUUUUUUGGUUUUUUAGAGACAGGGUUUCUCUGUGUAGAUCUUGGCUCUCCUGGAUCUCACUCUGUAGACCAGGCUGGCCUCAAACUCAGAGAUCCGCCUGCCUCUGCCUCCCGAGUGCUGGGAUUAAAGGUGUGCACCACCACUGCCCGGCUAAAAAUGCUGAAGUUUUAAACACUGUGAUGAGGUAUUCAUAUGAGCUUCAAGAUAUAAGAAAGAUGUGCUGUUCCUUAUGAGAAAAAAGCAUGCAUUUGAUAAGCACAUUUGGGCUUUAGUUACAGCAUUGCUGGCUGUGAGUUCAGUGGUUAGCAAGAUAGCUCAGCAGUUAAAGCACCUGUCACUAAACCUGGUAACCUAAACUCAAUCCCUGCAACCCAGGUAUUAGUAGACGGAAAAAACAACUCCGAAGUUGACCUCUGACCUCCACACAAGCCAUGGAAUACAUACAUAUGUACAUACAUAUACAUGUGUGUGUAUGUACACAUAUAUAUGUAUGUAUAUGUGUAUAUAUAUAUAUGCAUUCCUCCUCCUUACCCUCUUACCCUCUUUUCCACACACACGAACAUACAAACACACACACAAAUAAAUAAAUAGAAGUUAAAAUUGUCUGUAAGCAGAAACAUACAAAAACAUUGUUACAAAAUGUAUGUACUAAAUUACAUCAUUACAUGAAUGUUACUUUAUGUAAAACACCAAUGUUAAUGAUGCCAUGUAGAGAUCAAUUAAAAAUAUGACCAAAAACUCACAGGAAAUUAGUCCUAUAAUUUCUCUACCAAUAAUGGCUCCCUGUUCAUUAAUUCAGGGUUCACAGCAACUUUACAGAACAUAAUAACUACAGCUAAUAAUGAGAAUGGCCAUACUUAAGAAGCAAAAAAAAAAAAAAAAUCAGUAAAAAGCAGUGAUGGAUUAAAUAGAAAGUAAACAAAAGCGUGAAUGAUUCCACUGUUUCUGAGGUCCACUGCUGUGUGGAAUGGAUUGGGUGGGGAAAAGCAGAGAACUUGAGUGUACUUCACACAAUGACCAAGAGUUUCUGUUUAGGUGUUAGAGUUGGGAUACCCAUGAGAUCUCUACACAGAGAUGUCAAAUAAACCUCAUGACUCCAGAAAUUAAUUAGUUAAUUAAUUAAUUAAAAAAAAACAGUCCAAGUAUUGACAGAACUUUGAGAGUCACAGAUACACUUAAGUGGUAUUCAAAGUCUGGGACACAAGUCACUCAAAGAGAAAAGAAUUAGAACACAGGGUCCAGACCCAAGUACAGCAAGGAACUCCUUUCCUUCCACAAUAAGCAGGAGGGCUCAUUCAAGUCUUUAUCUUGGAAGUUUGAUUUGUUUAAUUUGAAAGCACUUUGUGGAAGAAAUUAAUCUAUUGGUAUAUAUCUAAAAUAUGACAAAUGUUCAAAUGACAUGGUAAACAUAAUUUGGAGAAAAGAUCUUAAAAUUCAGAUAAACUUUAAUGUUGCAGGGAAUUAUCCUAAGGAAUAAUUCAUGAUGGUAAAGCCAGAAAUAAUCUUAACAUUUGGGGAAUGUUUACUCUGACAAUAUUAAUGAUAUUUUCCUGUGAUUUCAUCUAUAGAUUCUAAUCUUAGAAAUUUCAACCUUUCCAGGGAUUUAAUAAAUGUCCACUUCUAUUUCCUUCAAGCUUUAAAAAAAAAAAAAAAAAAAAAAAAAAAAAAAAAAAACCCGACCCUAGAUUCUUUGCUUUCAUUCACUACACCACAAGCUGCUCUUUUUAUCCAUUUGGUGCAAUGCUGUCCAGUAGGCUCCUAGAACAGUCUCUGGCAUGCUGAGUAUACUCAGUGGAUAUUGGUUGACUCUCAUGCUUUAAUCACAUAAGACGUAUAAGAAUGUGGUGUAACACGAUAUAACUUGUCAGCUUUUCUCUCCUCACUUUGGGGCACCUCCUCCAUCAUUUGUUGAACACUCUCAAGCAGCAGAGUCUGGCUCACCUAAUUUGUCCCACAGAUAAGAGAUGUCAUAUGGCCUGCUAGGAGCCAGCCAGGGCUGUAUAUCAUGGCAGAGCACUUGCUUAAAAUGUGGAAGACCCUGGGUUUGAUCCCAAUAUUUGGCUGCACUCUCAAACACAUGCAUACACACACAUACAUGCCCAUGCACACACGCAUGCAUCCUCUCUCUCUCUCUCUCUCUCUCUCCCUCUCUCUGUUUCUCUCUCUCUCUCUCUCUCUCUCUCUCUCUCUCUCUCUGUUUCUCUCUCUCUCUCUCUCUCUCUCUCUCUCUCCCCGUGAUAACACAUGCCUGUGGUUCUAGCACUCAGGAGCAGGAGGAUCUUGAGAUCUAUGCUAACCUUUGUUACACAGAGUCUGAGGCCAGUAUGGGCUACAUAGAAAGAUCUUAUCUCAAAUAAAACAAAAGGCAUGCUAUACUUGAAGUGAGUGGUAUGGUUUGUUUUUGUACUGGGUUCACUACUCUUCCCAUAGAAGACCUAACUUCUAUGCCUACCACUUUAUCUUUCAAGGAAAGUAACAUAAAUCUGUCUCUGCAGUUUUAAAAUAUUCAGACUUUGACUGAAACAAAGUCAUUUAUGUCUAGAGAAGAACCAAUGUAUUUACUAAUUCCACUUCCUUAUCUACAAUGGUUGGGAAGUCUCCACUACAGAGGCAUAACCUGACAAUAAAAGGUACCCAUUGGAUCUAGGCUGCUUUGUAUUGAGCCUUCUGCAGAGAGAACUGCCUACCUUCCUAUGUCAUCUGUACAGCUUGCUAACAGUGCAGCCAACCCUGCAGCAAUGCCACAGGGAUACAGUAAAGUCUUACUAUGCAACAGGCAACCUCAUGUGCUUGAUAAGUCUGUGUGCAUCAGCUGUUCAAAACUCAUCUCCUUGCUGAAAGUGGGCUCAUGGCUUGGCUGCCCUGUUCCACACCCCUCCUCCGCACCAGCCACUGUACUGUGUUUCACUCUCACUACCUUGUCUGGCUUGGGUAUUGAAGAACAUUUAUGUUGGGGAGAUUAACAAUCUAGCACUAAUGGUCUUAACUUAGUUAUUUCUUCUCUAUGAAGAAUUCUAGAUCCUUACUGUAUGCUGUCUGGGCCAUUCUAACAAACCUGUGAGGAGGAGAGUGGCCAACACGUCAAGACAAGAGCAGGCUGGUAUCAGUGGACUCAGGUUCAAGCUCUGGCUCUGCUAUGACUAGUCAGAGGCUUUGAAUACAUUAUUAAAUACUGUCAAGCCUCAAUUUCCCCUUCCAUAAAUUGAGAAAAUCACAGAGCUCUUAAACAUUAGCUAAUAAUAAUAUGUUACUAUGUGAAUGAUGACUGCCCAGUCUGUUCCAGAGUCCCAGGGCCAAACUGCAGACUAGUUGGCUGUGGAAGGCGCGAAGGACAUACCUCCUGCAAACACUGACAUGCCAGAGGGGAUGGGAAGGUCUAUGAGAAGACAGAGGCAGCCUCUGCACAUUCCUGAGCCUCUCAAGAAGUCAUAGUCACAAAGCAGCAGGACUACCAGUCCUGCUAAUGUCGUGUCGCUCCCACACACAUCGAAGAAAAAUACCCAUCUGAUUUUAAAUGUGCACUGAUUCUUCAUUAAGAACACUCCUCCAAAACAAUGACUUUCCACUGGAAAUGUAACUGGGGCCUAUCACAGACUUUACAAAUUAAAACUCUAGGGGCAAGGCCACAUGUUUUAACAAGCCCUCUAAGUGACUGAUGGUUCUCCAAAAUAGUGCCCCACAAAGAUACACUUCAGAGAGUUCUAUGACAUCCCUUAGACCCUCCCACCUACCAGGAUAACAAGGAACAAACAUGCCCAAGAUCCACAGAGCCAGAAGGAUAAGUAGGUAGGCAGAGGGGCCCUGUGGGUAGAUAAUAAGCACUUAAAGUGGAGAGGAAAGAUACUGUCAAGGAUGAGCAGGAGGGGAGGCCCCAACUGCCAGUGGCCAAAACUCAUACAGCAAAGUAGCUACCAGAUUUACAAGGUCUUCCAUGAAGUUUCACUGAUGGGAGGAACAUGCUGACUAUUGGAGCUACCUUAGCAAGCCAUAGGACAUGGGUCAGUUUCAUGACCCCUGUACUUUAUGAAGCAACUCCAAGCAUGAGAUGAAUAGGAGGGAAGGAAGAAAAUGAGGAACAGAACAUGAGGUGACACAAUUACAGCUGCCAUUUGCACAGAGGAAACAUUUCAAAUAGUCUUCAUUACUGAAGUGUUUGGAACACAAGGUGCCUCCCUAUUAGCACUGCCUUUAGGCAAGACUCAAAGCACCUAGCACCCCAUUCUAUGGCUGAGGGGUCUCCAGAACCAAGGGGUGUGCCCAUCCAUUGGCUGAGAAUCCACUAUCUAUCUCCUACAUCCCCAGGGCUGUAGGCUCCCUGUCCAUAGAUCUCAAGCCUUCUCAGGGUCUAUGGGUAUGUACUCCUAGGCCUGACAAGCAUCCAUGGGACACUCUAAGUCCCAAGAGGAGGUGAGGUGGCUGCAGUUUGGACUCACUAACCAGGAAGACAGAGUGGCAUAGGUAAUCAGAUGCAUGCUUGCCCCAGGAUCUGCUAAUGUCAAAGCAAACCUGCCCUUCGUUUGUACUCUCAUCAGUAUUAACUAAGAUCUGUGUCCAGAAGUCAUUCAGCAGGACAGAAAUGCUUCCCAGCCAGGUCAAAACCAACACCAGUGCAAGUGUGCUCACAGGGUCCAGUGGGGUCAGGUUGUUAUUGAAAGCAGUGGCCAGUCUCAAGUUUGUGGUCAUGUCAAAGGGCAAGAAUGACUCAAAACUGGACCUUAGGAAGGCAAAUUUGUUCUAAAAGCUGCUUAAUGACUUAAAAGUGUUUUGAGGUUCUGUGAAACUAAUCCUAAUUAUACUGGUCCCUUGCCUGUGAUUAUCUGUUGUUAAUAAGUAGCUCAUAGUGACAUGCUGUAAACUUGUCAGGAAAACAUAAGGAAUCAUCUCCUAACAGAAGACUGAAAAUGCUCGAGCUGAGGACCUUGCUCUCCUCAGGAAAGAAAAACACAACCUUUAGAUGCUGGCCUAAGUGGCACUGAGUGCAAUGCUGCAGGCUGGCAGGUACCCCAGGAGAUUAGAGGUCAGUAGCUCCCUCAAGCACUGGGGAUAACAGGUAGUGGUUCUGAUGAAUCCUAGGAACCUAGAAGGUACGCAUUCUAGGCUGUUGUGAGCUUCUGUGCACACUCCACAACUCCACCCCACUCUACCCUAGCCUUCCUAGGCAGCAUCUGCAGCCUCUUUUUGAUCUGGACUUUAGGAUCCUCACGUGUCAGAGGUUAGAACACUAACUCAUAAAGGCCCUACCAGGCUGUACUAUGGUCCAAGAAGGCCCUGUACAAUGUAAAGAAGCCUACAAAAAGAAGAGAGUCUUAAAAGAAUUUUUUAAAACAAAGUUUUACCCAAACCAGCAAGUCUCCCUGAUCCUAGAUCCCUGCCAGAGGUACAGGAGGAAAGCAAAACAGAACAAAUACUUCUUGAACCUCUGGGCCAGACACCACUGACAAAUACUCUCUCUGAAUGUACUCAUAGACCACUCAGACACCAGCCAUCUCCAGAGUACUCACACCUCCUUCCACAGUACCCAGCCUCCUGGCAGGCUCCCCCAAGUUCCCUCCCUCCUCCUAUUACAUCCAGGCCACUAAAAAAUCACCUGGUUCAAGUAUCGUUUUGAUACUAGUCCCCUUCUCCACACCAUAAAAUGUCUCUUGAAUUGGAACCCCUUUUAAGCUUUGACAACUGAUCCAAAACACUUACUGUCCUCAUCUGCUGGUCUGUUUUGUGCUUACCACUCCAGCCAAGCAAAAAUCACUUUGCAAAUGAAUCCCAUUAUGCACUCUGCCCAUUCACCUUGUUAAGCCAGCACAAGAGCUUUGGCUGUUUCUGUUGUCUUUAUAAAAGGACUACCUCAUUUAUCCAGCUUCCCUGGAAUAGGCUGAUGCACAAAAUUGAUCUACAUAAAUUAAUUUCCCUCCCUACCAGAAACUUAACUCUUUAUGUGGCCUUAAGUCCUUUGUGGAGUGAGUCAUGGUAUAAUCAAGUGAAACUUUAUUUUGACCAUUUUCAUUUCUGUGAUACAUUAGACAGCCUUCCCCAUCUCAGUAAGCAGAACAUAAUGAAUAUCAAUUCAUCUUUUCCUUAUGGUUCAGGUCAUACUUAAUGAACUACAGUGAUCAUUCUAGGCUGUCACUAUAGAUAGAAAUGAUUCAAAGUGAAGCCGACUUCAUGUGUGCCUUCUGGAGUGACCUUUCACUUUCCCUGGAAAAGAUUCUCUGAAACAGCCUUCCCACCUGAAGUCCUUGCUAUCAGCAUGGAUUCUGAUGACCGGAUGCAGGUACACAGAAUGUGGAGGGUAAACUAGCUGUCUUUCUGCAGAAUUCCAGGAAUCUGAAAUCUGGUUUUUGAGUUCUAUAAGUUUUUUAUUGGAGGGUGGAGAAAAGUGGGGAAAAACAAAACAAAAACUUCCUUAACUUGCAAUAAACCAGUUUUUCAAAUCUUUGUUUUGUGUUAUUUUUACAGGCUGUAGGUAAAAGGACCACAAAAACGGACUUCUUAAAUAGGAUGAUGCCAAAAUUCUAUACAAAACUGGCACGAUGGAGUCUGACAAACCCUUGGAAAAGUCACUUUGAAAUUGAAGAAUAAUUCACAGAUUGAAUAAGGAAAUAUUGGUGUGGAGGGAAAUGCCCCAUUUUCACUACCAAGCCUUUGUAAUCAAGAUGUGAUCUGUAACUGUGAGGAUGAGAGGGGCUGUUUCAUCCCAUGUUAUGAAGUGCUUCGAAGCAAUUUCUCACUGCAGCUGGAUAGAACCACCAAGGGAGGGGUGCCUUGUUCUAUUAUGUAUUAGAUGGCAUUCUUUGUGACAAAGGUUUUUAUAAUGUCUACACAUUAGCACACACAAAAGAGUCUAUCAGUCUUACUUCUAUUUAAACAUGGCACUUAAUUGAUUAGAAUGUACUAGGGCAAAAGUAGUUAGGCAAGAAUCAUAAAAGAAAGAAUACUAAGUACUUCACUACAGAUGUAGUCAAUAGCAGAUUCACAUAUAAGUGACACCACAAGACUAUUUUUUAGUUUUGAAGGUUUGCUACUUUUUUUGGUAAUGGUUUCCUUAAGUUACUAUUUUAAUAGCAAAGCCAUGCAUCAGAAAAUGACCUGGUGGCAAUGAGACUGUCCACUAUACUUUGUCCUUUCUACUGGCUCUAGACUAUCAAGGAGGAUGCCCUCUGAAGUGAGCAUUGUAACCACUACCAUUAACACCUGGCUCACUGACUGGUAAAACAGGUAUGGGUUUUGCUGACUCAGAAUCUAUAAAGAAUUUGACAACCUGUCCUUUCUAACCUGGGCGAAGUAAUAUUACACUGAGUCACAAGACUCUGUGCACUCUUUUCUUCAACCAAGAGCAAUCCAAGUUAGAGAUACUUUAUAUCCUCUAUAUUCUGUCUGUUCCAUAGCAGACACUUCCACCCUAAGAGCUGGAAAUAGACAGAUGAAAUUCAAAGGGAUGUGUAGAGCAGAGCAGAAGGUAGCAUCUUUAUUGGGGGUGAGAAUGUUAGACAAAAGUAUAAAAAAAAAUAUUCAGCAGGGUACAGGCAUGGUACACACAUCUUUAAUUCCAGUACUCUGGAGGCAAAGGCAAGUGGAUAUCUGUGAGUUUCAGGCCAGCUUGGUCUACUUAUAUAGUUCCAGGCCAGUCAGGGCUAUUAAGUCAGAUUCUAUCUUUUUUUUUUUUUUUUUUUUUUUUUUUAAGGCUCAGGAUCCAAUUAAGUGCAAGCCAUGAAUCCUGCGCUGUUGUAAAGUAUUGCUCAGAUGGCAUUAAAAAGAAGUCAAUGCUACAAAUGUUUAUAAAGUUCCUACUAGGGUUAAGGAAUGUAAAGCUACAUUUGGGAACACAAAGAUGAAUCAGACAUGGCUCUUGCUCUCCAGAAAUUUCCCAGGAAGUGAGAAUCCUAAAGUCCUUCUCUUGCAUGUUUCAUACUAAUAAGAUUAUCAUUAAAGAACUGCAUUUAGAUUUGAUUACCACCAUUUUUCUUAAUGGAGAGAAACUAGAGAGUUUACAACAGAGAAAGGAGAUAUUUCAGAAGCAAAAAUAGGCUCUGGGGUUGGGGGAAGUAAGGAGUCCAAUUAUUAUCUUCAAAUAUAUGAAAGGUUUUAGAGAAACAAAGUAAAAGAAAACAAUUUGAUCAAAAGCAAAUGAGAUUUAUAGCAGGCCCCAGGAUCUCUGUACCAUCAGAUUCAUGAACUACUAGAACUGGUUAAUGAGGAAUUGCUAAUGUUCUCUCCUGAAUAAUAGCUACCAGUGAGCUGAAGAUUCAAAUCAGGGAAUGAGUCCUUGCUAAGGGCAAAGGUCACCUCUCAUUCUCAGGAAUACCUUUCAGGACACAGCUGCAGGAAAAAGAGAGGGGGUGUUCUUUCCUCAGUAGCUACAAAGGGACUAGGAAGGCUGCCGUCUACUAUAGGAUUAGACAAAGGCAUAUCCCCUUAGCCCCCUCCCAGGUGAUUCUGCUGAGGGCAGGGAGGCAGCUUUCACUUCUCAGAGACUCCUGCUCCGAGGCUCUAUGUUCCUGACUUAAGGGCACAGCCAGACUUUUCCCAGAAUGACCUCCUCCUGGGAAAUAACUACUGUGUGACGACCCAUCUAUGUUCACCAGUGAGUCCCCACCACAUGACUGUCUGGAAGACAAGUGAGAUGGUGAAGCCAGGAAGGAAUUCUCCAACAGGCACUCAUGGAUGUGAGACCCACUCACAACACAAUCUUCAACUCUAAAUGUAAAAAGCAGAGGUACCCCAGCAGCAUGUGCAUGUGAGAACAGUAUUUGCACUGAUGAGGAUACACAAUAAAAGUUAAAUAAUGAAGCCGGGCAGUGGUGGCGCACGCCUUUAAUCCCAGCACUUGGGAGGCAGAGGCAGGGAUUUCUGAGUUCGAGGCCAGCCUGAUCUACAGAGUGAGUUCCAGGACAGCCAGGGUUACACAGAGAAACCUGUCAUGAAAAACCAAAAAAGAAAAAAAAGUUAAAUAAUGAAAGAGGAAAACAGCAUCCUCUGCAAAAGAGGUUGUGAUAUUUAAAUAAUUUCUAAGGAAAUCUGUAAUGAGAAGCUUUGAAAUUCAUUUAAAAAAUUAAGUUCAACUAAAGAAAACAUUUCAAUAUAAAAGAGAAAUUGGGGUCUUCCCUUUGUACCUUAAGAAGACAAGAGUAUGUAAGAACUGUCAUACACAAAAACAAACAAAACAAGCAUUUCAUCUGGGUCAGACACACUGCCCAGUGAAUCUGUAUGAGUUUAAAUAUUUUGACUUUCACUUCCCCUAUUCCUGAACUCCCAGAGGUCAGAGGCCAAGUCUUUGUCAUUUCUCUAAACGCAGAACCUGCCACGAGGCCCAGGCCACAGCAGAGCCUUUGUGAAUGUUUGCUGACUGAGUGCACGACAGAUGCGCCUGGUCUGCCGAGUGAGGGAACAAACAGGGAGUUCAGCGAGUAGAAAGAGCAGAAAGUACAUGACCCAAAUCUCGGUCUAAGUCAUAAUCACCAUCAUCAACCUGCAAGCUUCUCAGCUUCUUUUAAAGAAAAAAAUAAAGAUCUUCCUGUACUCUGGGUUUUCAAUUUUCUGGGUUUUUUUUUUUUCCUCCUUUCUCCUUCCACAAAGUAUUGUCGCAUGAAAUGGAGCUAUUGUGAGUGUGGGCCUUUCAAGUUCGAACUCUGAGUGGUCACACAAGUCUGCUGGCAUUAUUCCGAAGCCAGCCUUUGACUGCAACCCCAAGCAGCUGAAUCGUCAUACUAAGGCUACCAGAAAGCACUAGCAAAGAACAAUAAAAACUGUGCACAUGUCCUACGCUCUUGAUCAUCAGUACUUUGCUCCAUACAAGCCUCAAGUCACCUUAGCCUUAGCCUUAGCCAUAGACUGUUCUCUACGGAAGAAAGGAAGAAAGAAAUGAAGGAGCACAAAACAUAAAAUAUGAAGUAUGUAAGCAGCUAUAACUUACAUAAAGCCCCCAGUUUUCUUUGGUGAGAAAUUCAUGUUUAAUUGCCUAGUGAGGCAGCCCCUGACAUGUGGCUGGGUAGGAGCCUCUCCUCUGAGAAGAACCAGUAAGGAACUUUUGGGGACUCCUUACCCAGCCUGCCACCUUGUACAGGAAUGGGUCCUUGCUAAGGUCCUUGCUGUUCAUUCUCAGGGAUGCCUUCCAGGACACAGCUGCAGCCCCUGAAAGUCUGCCUCCCAGGUUGUUUGUACAUUUAUAACGUAGCACAAAAGUGCUGCUAUGGAAGAGACAGUCUCUACUUGAAACCAGCAGAAGCUUGAUGGGAAUAAAGACUCCAGAAAGGUCACAGAGGAAGAAAAAAAGGUUCUUUCUUCUGUGGCUAUGGGGGUUUAUUGUUGCUGGUUCCCAAACUAGAAAAGGAAUAGCAGGAGAUUAAUAAUUGAAAUUGAAGUGUUCCUAUUGCUGGUUUUCUAAACUAUUUGAGGGUUAUGCUUUCCCUAGAGUCAUCAUGCCUGUAAACAACUAGGAAGACAGAGAGAUUUAACACAUACUGAGAAAAUGCCUACUCCAGGCAGGAACUCUACUAAAUAGACUCGGUUCUAACUGUAUCCUCACACAAUCCAAUAGAGGCUAAAAGUUCUGAAAAGUAAAGGCAUAAACUCAUUCAACCCCCACUUUCCCUGAUUUGAGUGUCCUGCCAUCCUGACUAGUUUCAAAGAUAAAACUAAUGAGUUUGAUUCACUAUUCAGGUGUAGCAAUAAGGUAAACAAUGGUUAUGCUUUGUUAUUCACAAAUGUGCGACAAAAACACAGGCAAAGAUACAACAGACUACUCGUUGCAAACCUCUUUUCAGGGAAGAUGAUUCCUAAUCUUAUUGCUCCGUUUGCAUCUUGGUGGCCAGGUGUCUUCGGGUCCAUCUGAUGAGGGACUUCAGCAUGCCAGUGUUUACAAGUCUGAAUGUGAAAGGUUCUUUGGUUUCCUCCACACUGAUCAACAAGCCACGUCUCAGGCAAGUGAGGCAUAGUUAACUUGGAAUUUAGGUCUCUCUAGUUGGGAAUCCAGAGUUACAGACCCCUGUGACUGACUUUUGCACUACAUGCUGAAAAAGCCUUGGUAAGCAAGUUGAUGGAGAAAUAUAAUCACAAGGCAAAUGUUUAACCUUCUAAGAAAAUAUCCCCCUUUAUUACAAGAAGUUUAACUUGAUCAGUAUCAAGCCACUGAAAACUAAUGUGAUAUUUAUAAGCCGACUCUUAAAGACAGUACUGGAAGACUGUUACACUUUGCCACUUAUUAAUCCCUAUUAUCAAAUAUGCUUUGUUUCAAAAACAGCACACCUGUCUAGAUUUCUACAUUCCAGCCUUCACUCGGAAUCUGAGUCACACUCCAUUUGAGAAAUUCCAGCUAGAAAGUCUCAUGUGUAAUUAGACCUCUGAGAAGAAUCAUGUGGAACUAUUAGGAGGAGAAAUCCCUCUUUUGGAGAAGUCUAUUAAAAAAAAAAGUCCUGUUCAUUUAUGACCACACACACACACCCCACAGUCCCUGGGUUCUGGUGGAAAUAUGAUAAAAGUCAGGUUCACUGAGUCCACAGAUUGUCACUGGGGGUCAAGGGAGAGGUCAGUGUAGUGUUGGCCAUACUCUGCACUGUGAGUGAGCAUGGGCACUGGAAGCAUAGGCCUUGACUACGGAGGUCAUUUCUCUGUCUCAUAGCAUGCCUAACAGUCUCUCUCAAAAAGACCAGACAGGCCUGAGCUCUGGGCUGAGUAACUCUGGGUUGGUGGGGAAGAAGUGCUGAGCAAGAGGAGGAAAAGAAUUCUAGAGAUGUAAGAGAUGCUCCCAAAGAAGAAAAAAAGCUACAAACAAAAGAACAAUUAAGAGAACCCACAGACAAGGCCCAAGGAAACCCAGGAUGGAAAGGAGGUGACAAAUUAGGUUGCCUGGGAUAGAGGAGGGCUGGAAAGUAAAACUCCAAGCAGAGAGAGACCUCUGAACCCCACAGUCCCACAGUGUAACACUUUACACACCUGUAAUUGCUUUUCCGACACAAUCACUAAAAGAACAAUGUCCUAGGACCAACUGUGCUGGGUCUUACUUAGCCCCGGGGGCUAGCCUACAUUCCUCAUGGAUUUCAAAUGAAAUCAACAUAAUCAAUGAAGUUCCCAGGGUGGCUUUGUUCAAGGUUGACAAAAUACAUCCCGACCCACCUCCCCAGCUUCCUGGAAGAGGAAUUUUUAUUCCUCUAUUACAGUUGUGAAUUCAAUGCCAAGUUCUUUCUAAAAUGCUCACCCGGAGUGUCCAGCAGAGGGAGUCUCAAGGAGGUACUUAAUAAAGAGAAAACUGUUUCAUUUUAACACUCUAGACAGUGGGAGCUUUGACUGCAGCCCCCCUCCCCUAGACACAGAUGAACAAUGAAUGCCCGACAUGGGUUCUCCUACAUGUUCACGUCCCCACUGGCAUGUUUCUAGUCUACGUGGUGGAGUGAUCCGAAAUUUUGUUUUGUUGUGUGGAACGGUUAAAUAGACCUUGUGUUCUUCGGAAUCAAAGAGGAAAGCCCCUGGAAUAACAUUUCUCUGUUGCUUUCUAAACAGCCCCUUUGUUUCUAAGAGACUCUGGAAAAAAUAUUUACAGUCCAUAGGUUAUUUACAGCCUUGUUAUUCAGAGCCUGAAUGGUAAGAGAGUCCAUGCAGAAACCUAAUUCAUUUAGAGCCCUGGUACUAAUAACAGAUUUUCUUUUCAGAUAAGUUUUUUUUUUUUUUUUAAAUCAGCCUCUCCUAACAGAGAUAAAACUAUUAAUGAGAUCCCUGUUUCACUCGGCCCAACAGUUCCCUGGGUUUAUAGGAUUACAAUCUCCCCUAGCCCCUCCUCUUGGUUCCUGGCAAACCCGUUUCCCUCUCAUUUGCGAUUUCAUACACAGAAUAUCUGAACAAAACCGAAAGAAAGCCAGAUGGACCCACGCUAAAAGUAUGUAAAGGGCUGCUAUUUCAAUGAUUUCACGAGAGAAACAUUUUCACGACGAAAUAACUGAAAAAAUCUGGCACACUUUGGUUGAAAAAUACCCGGUACUACAAGCACACAAAACCCCAUAGAAGAGUAAAAACUUAGUUGAUUCCGGCUUGAUUUUCUCGCUGCAAGCUGACGGAACUGACUGAAGAGAACCGAAAGAGUGCGCGAGGCAGCUGUAUCGCCUUACCUUUUCUUUCUUCUAAAGACAGUCAAAUGGGAAAAAAAUCAGCCAACGCCAGGUGAAGGUGCACAGCACCGAUCUACCCAGGCCGAGCCAGAAAACCUUCUUUCGCACCCCCUUCCCCGCCCCCCCCAAAAAGCCAAACUACAUUCUCCCUUCCACACGCCAACUGCGGGGAGAUUUUGAGCCUAUUUCAUUGUUCUGCCUGGGUCUGAAAUGGACUUUUCAUCUCAACCCUCUCUCAUCGCUUGGCCCCUUUCAAUCGGAUUCCACAGCCACCACCACCACCACCACCCCCCAAAAAUCGGAGGCUCGGGAAGAAUAAAGGAGUGUGGGGUGGGAGUGGAGAUGUUUGGAAAAGGGAGCAGAGAGGACGGACAAGUAGAAAGGAGAUCGUUUAAAGGAUGAAACACGCUGAUGAAUAAGCAAAUAAAAUCAUCCAGUGUCUUUCAUCAAAUUAGACCAGAAGCUAGAACAGUCAACCCACACACGACUACGAGUGAGCUUUUACACAACCAACAACUCAUGCUGAGAGCGCUCACCCGAGAUCAGGACUCCUAUAAGGGCAGGAGAGCAGCACCCUCUUUCCUCCUGAGGACCACCCCUCCGGGGUCUCCGAGGAAAAAUGGAAGUGUUGGGGCUUCUCAAGUUUGAAGUCAGUGGUACCAUAGUGACUGUGACUCUGCUCGUGGCUCUCUUGGCCCUCCUGAAAUGGUACUCCAUGUCAGCUUUCUCAAGACUGGAGAAGUUGGGCAUCAGGCACCCCAAGCCUUCUCCUUUUGUUGGAAACUUGAUGUUUUUCCGCCAGGGUUUUUGGGAGAGCCAAUUGGAACUCCGAGAGCGAUACGGGCCUCUGUGUGGGUACUAUCUUGGCCGUCGGAUGCACGUUGUCAUUUCAGAGCCAGACAUGAUCAAGCAGGUGUUGGUUGAGAACUUCAGUAACUUUUCCAACAGAAUGGCCUCAGGUCUGGAACCCAAGAUGGUAGCAGACAGUGUCCUGUUGUUACGUGACAGAAGAUGGGAGGAAGUCAGGGGUGCCCUGAUGUCUUCAUUCAGUCCUGAAAAGUUGGAUGAGAUGACACCUCUCAUCAGCCAAGCCUGUGAACUUCUCGUGGCUCACUUAAAACGCUAUGCAGCAUCCAGGGACGCAUUCAACAUCCAGAGGUGUUACUGCUGUUACACCAUAGAUGUGGUGGCCAGUGUGGCCUUUGGCACCCAGGUGGACUCCCAGAAUUCUCCAGAAGAUCCCUUUGUGCAACACUGCCGGCGUGCUUCCACCUUCUGUAUCCCCAGGCCUCUCCUGGUAUUAAUCUUAUCAUUUCCAUCCAUAAUGGUCCCAUUGGCCCGGAUUCUGCCCAAUAAGAACCGAGAUGAACUGAAUGGCUUUUUUAACACACUCAUUAGGAAUGUGAUUGCCUUACGGGACCAGCAAGCAGCAGAAGAGAGGCGGAGAGACUUCCUGCAGAUGGUGCUGGAUGCCCAGCACUCCAUGAACUCUGUGGGCGUGGAAGGCUUUGACAUGGUCCCAGAAUCCCUGUCCUCUUCUGAGUGCACAAAGGAACCACCCCAAAGGUGCCAUCCUACCUCCACAUCUAAGCCUUUCACUGUGGAUGAAAUUGUGGGCCAGGCCUUCCUCUUCCUCAUUGCGGGCCAUGAGGUCAUCACAAACACGCUGUCCUUCAUCACAUACCUGCUGGCCACCCACCCUGACUGCCAGGAGAGGCUUCUGAAAGAGGUGGACCUCUUCAUGGGGAAGCACCCAGCCCCUGAGUACCACAGCCUGCAGGAAGGUCUGCCGUAUCUGGACAUGGUGAUUUCAGAGACCCUGAGGAUGUACCCACCAGCUUUCAGGUUCACACGGGAGGCAGCACAGGACUGUGAGGUGCUGGGACAACGUAUCCCUGCAGGUACAGUGCUGGAGAUAGCUGUGGGUGCCCUACACCAUGACCCAGAGCACUGGCCGAAUCCUGAGACCUUUGACCCUGAAAGGUUCACAGCAGAGGCCCGGCUUCAGCGGAGGCCGUUCACAUACCUGCCCUUUGGAGCUGGCCCCAGGAGCUGCCUCGGAGUGCGGCUGGGCCUGCUGGUGGUCAAGCUGACAAUACUCCAGGUCCUACACAAGUUCCGCUUUGAAGCCAGCCCUGAGACUCAGGUUCCACUUCAGCUAGAAUCCAAAUCUGCCCUAGGCCCCAAAAAUGGAGUCUACAUCAAGAUUGUGUCACGCUGAUAUAGAAGGCACGUGGGAAAGAGGAAGCACUUUGUAAUGGUAACAUCUGCACAUCGCUGCAGGAGGGCACCCGGGAUUCAGAUGAAAGCCUCGUGUGGAGAUGGAGAGUUUAUAGGAAUAUAUAUCUUAGGGUGAUCAAAAGGGCACAUGGCAUGUGAGCCUACUUUGUCACAAUUCCUAAAUGUUUAAUAAAUGUUUACCAUGCUUCAUUUUGACAUUA